AUGAAUCAGAAGAAUGGACAGAAGGCCCCUUGGACUCCUGAGGAGGACGAGGAGGUCAGGAAACUGGUAGAUAAGCAUGGAGACAAGUCCUGGGUCCUCGUCGCCUCGUUCCUUCCAAACAGAACGGGCAAGCAGAUCAGAGAGCGGUGGCAUAACCAGCUCGAUCCAAACAUCAUGAAAGGUCCAUGGACCGAGGAGGAGGACAUGCUGAUCAUGGAGGCUCAAAAGAUCCACGGAAAUAAGUGGGCAGAAAUUGCCAAAUUGGUUCCGGGAAGAACUGACAACGCGAUCAAGAACCGUUGGAACUCAACGAUCAGAAGGAAGAUGCGAAAAGAAAAGAACAUCGCCAUGUAA